ACUGUUGCUCAAUCUGUCAAAUAAAAAAACAUUGUGAUGUGAUAACAUCGUUGCCACUGCUUCAAAAUGUUAGCUCGCUCGAUUUUUAUUGGUAAAGUUUGCCAAAAUUCUGUUGGUUUCAACAAAUUCCUGCCAUCUAAUAUAGUUUUGAGUGUUCCGGCGCUCUGUUCGAACCCUAUCCGCAAUGGUUCUUUCCGCUCAUCUGAGCCGGUGGGAGAUAUCGCUCAAUUCCCCGAAGUAGAAGUCAUCAAAAACGCCCCGGAGUGGAAAUAUGUCGAAAGACUAUUGGCGCCCCGUGUCGUACCAACACCGGAGGUCAAAGUCGAAUAUCCUUCGGGUUGGAAACCGCCGCAGCCAAAGCCGGAUCUCAAAUAUUUCGUGGCUAGAACUAAGAAUCACAUGCUUCCGGUAUAUUUACACCGGACGUUCCGUGGCCAGCGAAUCCUUACGACUGUUCGGCGUAUCGAUGGUGACAUUUGGCAGCUGGAAGCGGAACUUCGGUACCUGUUAGAGAAGAGGCUUAAGAAAUCGAUCGUCACGCGGGUGAAUGAAAUGAAUGGCCAGAUUGAGCUGAAAGGAGAUUUUGUGACGAUUGUUGAAGAAUUUUUGCUGGAGAAAGGUUUGUAAAGCGUAGAUCAUUAGAAUGCAUAAUUUAAUAUAGGCGUGUUAUGCGCUUUA